AUGGAGAAUGAUGACUUUAGCGGACUUUCCGACUGCUCCAGGGACCCCGAUCCCGCAUUCUCGUGGUCAGAUUCCCACCCUAACGAUGUGGAAAGUCCGAGGAGAUCAGCGGAGACGAAGAGAAAGACCACGACCGGUUGCUCGUUCACACAGCCUUGUCCAACUCCGCUGGGUCUUCUCUACUCCAUUCUGUUCAAAACAUCAGGCAUCAUUUUGACCGAAUGUAGUGCACCAGGGGUAUCCAAGACAUGCUUUCCACAGUGGGGACUACGAUGCCAAACUUUGGAGACCUUCCCUGCCAAAAGUCCUUAG